GAAAAUUUAUCAAAUUUAAUAUAAUUAUAAAAUCCAGUACUCAUGGCAUAUAUUGGUAAAGUGUUAUAAUACUGGUUUUAGGUUGUAUAUUUUCUCCUUUGUUUUCUAUUUGAGCUAUUGAUAAAAGUCAAUAUAAAUAUGUUGUUAUACUGUUAUAGAAAACUUAAAUAAUGAAGAGUUUGAUGUUACGUGGGGUGGAAAGAAGUCACGAUACUUAUAUACCUAUAAGUUACAAUCACCGCUUUCACAAAUGUCCACUGAUACAGAUGAAUCAGAGACUAGUAGUAUAAGAAGCACUCAGACAAGAUCAACAGUUGAAGCCAUCAGUGUAACUGAUUUAUCUAACGAAAGUUAUUUAAGUGACUGCAGUAUUUGUAAUGAUAAUAAAGAAAUUACUAAUAAAAAUGAAGAAUUUGAACUCAGAAGUUCAUCAUCAUGCCAUAAUAUUCAUUUAGAUUCAUCAGAUUCUUCAAUAAUACUAACUAAGGAGAUUUCUCAUAACAUUAAAGUUUUCAAUGACACGUUACCUGAUAUUGACAAUGGAUAUAAUGAGGAUACGGAUUACCAAUUAACCACACCUAAUAUAAAUCGAACACCUCCGGCUUGUUUUCAAAAAUGUCUUCAGUGUGGAGAAGAAAAUUCAAAUCCUUAUUUUCAAUUUUGUUUUAUAUGUUUUCAAUAUCGUAAGGAAUUUUUCGGAAAAAGACCAUUGCCAAAAAACAUCAAAAAAUUGAAUAAGAAAGUAAGCAAUUUAAUAAAAGAAACAAAUUCUAAGAAAUCAGAUUCAAAUAACAUGUUUCCAAAUGAAAAUAAAUCAAAUGAAGAUAAUGGGAAAAAUAAAGAGAACUUAUGCAUUAUUUGUUGUUUAAAUCAAAGAAAUGGAAUAAUAAACCACGGGAAAAUUGGCCACAUUGUAACUUGUUAUUCUUGUGCAAAACACUUAUGGAGUACAUCAAAUACAUGCCCUCUUUGUAAUGUCAAAAUUAAAUGUGUAACAAAAAUG